AUGAGCACUCCCAUGGAGAUUGCCGAGCAAAACCCUAUGCUCGAGGACGUUACUAUUCCUCCUCCUCCUCCUCCUCCUCACGACUCUUCCAUGGAUGUCUCUCACCCAAAUUGCAUCGAACCAACGAUUAUCCCCGAGCAAUUAACCGUCGCGGAGCCACUCGCCACAACAGAUCCUCCUCCUCCUCCUCCUCCUCCUCCAUCUCCUCCGGCUCCAUCUCCUCCUGCUCCUCUCCACGAGAACAAGUUCCUCGUAUCCGUGGAGGUCUGCUUAAAGCCAUCAAGCACGGCUCGUCUCGAGGACGUACAGAGAGCUGUAGAACGGAUGCUGGAAACUAGGAGUAUGAGCUAUGUAGAUGGACUUGUUCUCAUACCUUCACACGACUUGUUCCUUGUUGAAAAUGUACAACGUAUAUGCAUUUGUGAUACAGAGGAAUGGGUGAAGAAUAAUGAUGUUCUCUUGUUCUGGCAAGUUAAGCCUGUUGUCCAUGCCUUUCAGUUAACUGAGGAAGGACCAUGUGAGGAACUGGGCCCAGAUGGACAACCUUCUAGCUUUAAUGAAUGGAUUUUACCUGCAAAGGAGUUUGAUGGCUUAUGGGAAAGCUUGAUAUAUGAAUCUGGACUUAAGCAACGGUUACUACGUUAUGCGGCAAGUGCUUUGUUGUUCACGCAGAAAGGUGUUAAUCCAAAUCUCGUUUCAUGGAACAGGAUUGUUCUUUUGCACGGACCACCAGGGACUGGCAAAACAUCUCUUUGCAAAGCAUUGGCUCAAAAGCUUUCUAUUCGGUGCAACUCCAGAUAUCCACACUGCCAACUGAUUGAAGUCAAUGCUCACUCUCUAUUUAGUAAAUGGUUCUCUGAAAGUGGCAAGCUGGUUGCCAAGCUUUUCCAAAAGAUCCAAGAGAUGGUGGAGGAAGAUAACAAUCUAGUAUUUGUUUUGAUCGAUGAAGUUGAAAGUCUUGCUGCUGCACGAAAAGCUGCAUUGUCUGGUUCAGAACCUUCAGAUUCCAUCCGGGUUGUGAAUGCACUACUUACACAAAUGGACAAACUGAAAUCAGCACCGAAUGUGAUAAUCCUUACAACAUCGAAUAUAACUACUGCUAUUGAUGUUGCUUUCGUGGAUCGAGCUGACAUAAAAGCUUAUGUUGGCCCUCCAACUCUUCAUGUUCGCUAUGAAAUAUUAAGGUCCUGUGUUGAGGAAUUGAUAAGCAAAGGGAUCAUAUCAAGUUUCCAGGGCUGUGAUGGACUCUCUAUUCCAAGCUUUUCAAGUUUGAAAGAAAAGGUGAACGCAAAUGAGCUUCAUGAUACAGAUACAGUUCCUUGGUUCUGUAAACAACUGAUAGAAGCUGCAAACUCGUGUGAGGGUUUAAGUGGGAGAUCACUGAGGAAGCUUCCGUUUUUAGCACACGCAGCACUUUCAGAUCCUCACAGCCAUGAUCCAAGUAAUUUCUUGUGUGCAAUGAUAGAGACAGCAAAGCGAGAGAAGUCUGAACAGCCUGAAUGACCCAUUUUUGUAUGAGGUCAUAAACAAAUAUACAAUGGAGAAUGUUAUAAUAUUUAGUUAUUGAUUCUACAUUUUUUUAAACAUAAGAUAAUGUAGCAUAGUGUUUGUCA